GAAUCAUUCCAAAACAUGCACGUGCCACUGUGUGCGCGUAAUCCGAAUGCAGAAGAGAGGGAAAUACACCGAUUCUGCGCCGACGCCAUCCUGGUGAGCGAUUUCCCCGAGCGCAUGUACGUGCACAACGAGCCGGACGCGGUGCCCAGCCACCUCACACAAGAGGACUUCUCCAAGCCGCUCAUAGAACGCGUGUAGGACAGCAUCGGGAGUAGGGUGAAGGCGGCGCUUAAGACUAAGAGGACUACUCAGGGUCAGAGCAUCGGCAGAACAGGGGCGGGCUCGAGGACGCACUCCCCGAAGCCGCAGCUGCAGCAUAGGCAAGAGGAGUGAUUGUAGCAGCUGCAGUUAUAGUUACAGUUUACAGUUACGGUAGUAGUAGUAGCAGCAGCGGCGGAGGAGCAGCAGCAGCAUCAUCAUUAGCAGCAGUAUUAGUAGAAGUAAAAGUAGCAGUAACAUCAGUAGCAUUAGCAGCAGAAACAGCAGCAGCGUUUGCAGCAGCCACUAAAGCAGCUGUAACAGUUAUCUUUUUCAACCCUUAAUUUUUUAAUAACAGUAAAAUAC